AUUACCUUGAUUAUAUGACAGCGCGUCAAUCCGAUCGGCUUAGACCGUAGAAGAGCGCGCCACAUGCAAGCAUUGUACUCUGGAUAAAAUCGUGUGGCAGCGAUCGCGCGUCGUUCUGUACGCGUGUUUACAAGGAAACGUUUAAAGGAGCUUUUGCAGAAUAAAGUGUCACAUUAAAGGUAAAAGUAACUAAAGGAGAGCCGAGGAACAGGACGUUUUUCAAGUAGCUAAGAUGACUGCCAUGACAAUUCAAUGAGAAGAGAGGACACAAAGUGAAGUAUCCCCUACUUGCUGAAAAGGAGCGACAGAGCGCUCAAGGUAAAAGGAGAAGAGGGGGGAAACGCACGAGAAGAAAAGGCAGAAGAUUUAAAAAGAAACUAUUAGGAAGAAAAGAACUGGCAGAAGAAGAGCCAGGAAAGAGGCAGGGGCGAGAAAGCGGAUAAACGGUGGAUGGAGGCGGCUCGGACCGGGGCUACGGAGAGCUCUUCACUGACGAAGAAGAAGAACAGCAGCAGCAGCAGCAGCAGCAGCAGGGGGGAGAGGAGAUGGAGGCGAAAGGGAGAAACAUGCCCUCAGACAUCAGUUUCCUUCCCCGCCCAGCCAUGGUGUGGUGUGAGCGAGGGAUCCAGGUGCUGUUGACCACCAUGGGAGCUUUUGCAGCUUUUGCACUGAUGACAGUGGCUAUUGGGACUGACUACUGGCUGUACGCCCGGGCCUUCAUCUGCAACAGCACAGCCAACUCAUCACAGGAGGACUCCAACAAUAAGGACAAGAAGGAUCCUGGGGCGCUCACCCACUCUGGCCUCUGGAGGAUUUGCUGCCUGGAAGGUUUGAAGAGGGGUGUGUGUUCCCAGAUCAAUCAUUUCCCAGACGACGCAGACUAUGACCAAGAUGCUGCAGAGUAUCUGCUGCGUGUGGUGAGAGCUUCCAGCAUCUUCCCCAUCCUCAGUGCCAUAUUGCUUCUUUUGGGUGGAGUGUGUGUCGCUUCCAGCGGAUUCUAUAAAAGCAAAAGGAACAUUAUUCUCGGUGGUGGGAUUCUCUUUGUAGCUGCAGGCCUCAGCAACAUCAUUGGAGUGAUCGUGUACAUCUCAGCAGCACUGAGCGACAUCUCCCCCAAGAAGGAUGAGGAUAAGAAGUGGCAUUAUUCCUACGGCUGGUCAUUCUACUUUGGCGGUCUGUCCUUCAUCCUGGCCGAGAUGGUCGGCGUGCUCGCUGUCAAUAUCUACAUCGAGAAGAACAAGGAGCUCCGUUGCCGCUCUCGCACUGACCUCUUCAAGAGCACAACGCACGCCAUGCUUCGUCUGCCCAGCUACCGUUUCAGACGGCGCUCGCGCUCCAGCUCACGCUCCACUGACCCGCCGCGUUCGCAGGAGACCUCGCCCGUUGGAGCUUCCAAGACCUUCAGCUUGCCACCAUCUGCACCGCCAUUCUCUGUGGCCACUCUGCCCAACCCCCACCACACCAGCAGCAGUGGGAGCGGAGGAGGUGGAGACAUCUCCAUGUACACCCUCUCAAGGGACUCCAAGCUAGGCAGCCUCGGAGGAGGUGCCCCACCUCUCUAUGGCACGGUGGACCGUGCCACGCUCUACCAGCUCCACAACUACUUCCCAAAAGAUUCCAGUGGCAGUGGCAGUGGCAGCGGUGGAGGAGGAGGAGGAGGAGGAGCAGUGAUAAGCAGCAGUUCGCUCCCUUCCCACUCCAAGUCCAACUUGGCAGCAGCGGCAGCUGUAGCCCAGAACGCAGCACCGCUGAAUACCUCCACAUCAGCUGCUCCGACCACCCAGCCAGCCCCGAUAUCUACAGCCACCAUGGAGCGGGACAGGGGCAACGUGGGAACCCUGGACCGACUGACAGCCAAAAGGGACCGGGAUAGCAACUCAGAUACGCUAAACAGGAAAACGACACCAGUUUAAACUCAGAGAGAGAGGAGAGGAGAAAUAGAGAUGGAAUUUAGAGAGGAAGAGUAGGGCUGUAAAUGUGUGGGUGGCACGUCAACAAUAAGGUUUCUGUCCUUGAGCCUGAGGUAUCGAGCUGCCAUAAAUAUUAUAAACAGUCAUCAAACAUCUGAUGCUAAGAGCAAAUUCAUGACAGCCGCCUUAAAAAUUGUCAUGACUUUGAAACCUGUUUUGUUAAUUGCACAGCAGGGGUACAGUGGCGGAUUCGGGAAAUGUUUCUUUUCUCUGUUUUUUAUUCCUGAAUUACUCACUAAAUCAUAGAGAUACAAAACUCCCAGAUGUGUAAUAAAACAGCCUCCCAAUGCAGCAGUUAGGUGCCUUGCCGAGGAGGCAGGGGAACGCUUUCGUUAUUUAUUUCCCUUAUCUCAGUUUUGUCAGUUUCUACAAGGACAUCUUUUUAAAUCCUGAAAGAAACAGUAAAGGAAGCUUUGAUGAUUAUAAACCCCACUUACAAAUCACUAAUUUGUACACAUCUUAGAUCGGAUUGGCCUUAAAUCUACAUUUUCUUUUCACAAAGCAAGACACAGAGUCCUUGCUUUUUGGUAUUCUAAACUUUGCAACACUUUUUAACAUAAUAAUUAAAUUAUAAAGUGGCCAGAUGGUACAAGUCACAAUUCUUUCUUCCAUUUCUGUUUUAAAAGGACGAGAGCGUCACAGACGGGUACAUUCUGCCAAGUAACAAGCUGCUCAGUGACAAGUUGACUGCCAAUUGAAGGUCAACAGUAGCUCCUUAACCUCUGGACCCGAGAGAGAGCGACCUCAGCCAUAUCUAACGUAGAUCAGAGGAGGCUGCCGCACUGUGAGCCUGAUUAUUUUUCACUGUGUGUCAAAGGUAUUUACAGUGACAGAUGGGCAUUCACCACAGUUCUAAGGAAAGGAACAGCCAUGGACUUAAAGCUUUAGUCUUAACGCCUCCAUUACUCCACUGCCAGUUGUCGCAGUAAGAUACGGCAACAUGAUCGUUUGAGCAAGUAACUUAUUUUGGCAUCAAAUCUUUCUAGUAUUUGUUUAAACGGAAAGAUUUGCGUUUCCCAAAGUGUUGCCCACAAUUCUUAAACCAUUGGAAAACUUUAUAAAAUGUAAAUAAAAAACAGGAAGGAGACGAGGCAAAUCUCAUAAAUAGAUAUUUUACUCACACAUAUUAAAUGUUUAAACUGAGAAAAAUCUGUCAUUUUGAAAUUGAUGGAAGCAGUAUGUCUCGAAAAAGCUGGGUCAUUCCCAUGUUUGUGUGCAUCAUCCUCUCUUACAAUAUUAGACGUAGGAAUGCUGUUCUACAUCUAAUGUUGGAUCCUAGUGACUCAAGUCCUAGGUCUCCUUUGUUGUGAUGUCAUGAUGCGUCAGUUUUUUGUUUUGUUUUCCAGUUGGGAAAUUCAAGUUGGGAGUUCAAGACAUGAACUCCUCUGUGGUUUAGCAUCUGGUUGGAAGCUUAUGUUGCUCUAAAAUCUGCAUUAGUGCCAGUCUUUUUGCACUCCCUUUUUAACUGAACACUAACAGCAAGCCAGAUGGUUACUUUCCCCUUUAGUCUGGAGGAUGCCAUGUCCUUGUUUUCCAAAAAGAAAUUUUACAUUUCAAUUUAUUUGACCACUCAGUUUUCCACUUGGUCCCUUUUAAAUGAGCAUUGGCCAAGAGAAGUUGACAUGAUCUAAGCUUGCUUGACAGAGAUUUAACCUGUGUUUGUGGACGGCACACUGAUCUGUGUUUGCGCACAAUGAUUCCUAGAUGUGUUCCUGAGCACAUCCAAGGAUUUUCAUGACAAAUUCAUGCUUGCUUUUAAAGCAGUGCUCUGCGAGGGCCCAGAGAGCACAGUCGCCUCGUAUUGAUUUUUUGCCUUGUUGUGCACAGAUUUCCCAAGAGUAUCUGAAAGUUUUGAUGAUAUUAUGUAGCGCAGACGAUGAGUCAUCAAAGUCUUUGCAGUUUUGUGCUGACGAACAUUAUUCGGAUAUUGUAACCCUACAUGUCUAAGCUUUUUAUUUUUACUCAGGUUACUGACCUGAUGUGAAUUAACCUAAUUAGUCCCUCCACCUGUUUCUUUUUAAUAAUCCUCACUUUUCCAGGUAUUUGUUGCUCCCAUCCCAGUUUUUUGAGACAUGUUGUUGCCACUAAAUUCCAAAUCUAUUUUCCAGGAAAUAGUAAAAUGUCACUUUUUAACAGUUGAUAUAUUUUCUGUGUUCUAUUAUGAAUAAGAUAUAGUUUUAUGAGAUUUGAGUAUUACUAUAUUCUAUUUUUACUUACACAAUGCAUAUUUGGCACAUCUUUUUUCAAACAUAAAAAAAAAAUGUGUCCAAUUUACUAUUUUGAAAAUUAAUUUGCACAGACAGCGCUUCCCUUCUCAUGCUUCCCCAACAGCAGACUCAGUAUAUCUUUCAGCUGCCUCUCCAGAGAACCUCUCAUUGUUACAUUGUUACAAUCUUAGAUUGACAUUAGUCUGCUCUGGAGACCAACAGAGAAAAUGCUGGAGAGACACCAUAAUACAAUAGACUUUAAUUUAUUUGCCAUAAUUGCCAGUUAAUAAGGGAAGAGCCAAAAAUAACUUUAUUUUUAAAAAUAAGACAACAAUAAGGAAGUGAUAACCAUGGUUAAAGUUGGAACAUAAUCACCAUCACUCACUCACUUACAUCUUCCUGCUCAUGAUUCAUGGUCAUUUUGUCAUCUGGCAGUGGAAACAUUGUUGGAUGCCAUUUGAAAUUUGAAAGCGCUCGUAGAGCUGGACGUUUAUGCACUUUAUGUGUGUUUUUAAAUGAGUAAAACUGAUUCCAGGGUUUGUAUGACUGCUUAUGAUAACGAUUUGAUACCGAAGGCUCCAAGGCAGUAUCUGUUGAAUGUCCCGCAAAGGGCUGCAAAAACCAAGGACAUGGUGGGGUUCAAUUCAGUUUACACUCAGGGGAUGGAGAUUUAGUUAGAAUCAGAAGUUACAAAUUACUCUAAUAUAAGAGAUCAGCCAUUUUACUCAAUAUUUAAAAGUGAGCAAAGCAAAAAACGUUCUAACCAUUCAGUCAGAUUUGAAGUAAAAGCCUAUUUUUGAGGGGGUUUAUGAAAUGUUGCCUGAGAUUUCUAAGAGGAAAAUUCUACAGCGAGACAUGUACCACAUAACAUGUGCUCUAAAUCUGAUUACUGGACUGAUAUGUAAAAGUCAGACUGCACUUCUGAAUCAGCUGCGUUUGAAAAUGAAUUCAACCCAACCCCGGUGACAGAAAGUCGGAGGAAGAGGGAAAGAGAAACGAGCGCGCACACCAGCUUCCGUUCCUCUUCCCUCGGUCUCUUUAUUAGCUAUAACUAUAUACUAUUUCUGAAACUAGAAUAAUAAAUGUAUUAUUGAGUAUAUUAUCAACCCAUUCACUAAAACAAAAGCACAUAAUGUCUGUAAAUGGUAAUCUUUGGGUUGUCUUUUCAUUCUGAGUGAUUAUCAUCUCUACAUGAGAUUGUAACUCCUUGAAUAUUAUUAUCAUGUUGCUGGUGUUUCUAUGAUCGUAAUGGUUAUUGCAGGGUAUACAUUUUUUUGUAAUAUUUUUAUAUUCGUUUCGAUGACUUUUUAUUUUUCUUUCUCUUGCUUAUGUACACUAACAGUCAGUGGUGUCACGUGGAAAGCAUGUGAACAAAAGUGAGAGGGUGUGUAAAUUCAUUUAUAUAUCAUCUUAUUCAUUUUAUCAGCUUUGAUUUGUUCGGGGAAAGUUGACUGAGCAUGCAUGCUCUGUUUCAGCAACACCCUGCUUCACCCUCACAACGCUGGAACUGGAAGCUGGCCGAUAAAAGCCUCCCUGUUGGGUCAGUUUAGGAGUGGCUCCCCUGGGACAAUUGGGUGUUAUGUGCCUUGCUCAGGGGCACGUCAGUAUUUGAAAGAAAGUAAUUUUUCUUUUCUAACCAUUCUACAUAUAACUAGACAACUUUCUGGACCACAGUUUGUUUGUUAUUUUUGCUGUUGUUGUUGUUUUUUACCCAGUUGUCACUUUGAAUGUGUAUAAUCUUUUUAGUGUAAAUGUUUUUUUCUAUUCUGUUUACAUGUAAUUAAUUCUUCCGUUGUCUUUUAGAGAAAUAUUUUUGAAACGUUUGUCUUAUUUGCGAAUAAGGUUGGGCAACUGGAUCAAUAGGCCCAUAUAACCCGUCAGCUGUUUAUUAUUUAUGUCAUUUAGUUUUUCUAAUUUAGUGGUCUGCCUCUAUGAAAAUUCAGUUUGGCAAGACGUCGAGGUGUAAAUCACAGUUACAAUUAGCAGCGUUAGGAUGUUCGCGUUUAUUUUCUUGAGAGUGAGUUGUCAUGGAGACCUGACAUUAUAUGGUAGUGAUGGCGCUGCAGAAUGUCGAGUUCCUGUGAAAGUCUUUAUUGUCCGACAACUUUCCAAGCUAACAAGUGAUUCCAGAGCUAUGCUAUGUAAGCUAGCUGCAUGUUGCACAUCAGUACAUUAUAGUUUUCUGCACCUGAUCACUUAAAAACCCUUUCAGAACCUGAAAGGUAUCCUGCUUCAUUUGGGUCUAACAGCUUGCAAAUUUAGUCCAGUUUAAAAUAAUUCUCAUAACUAUUUUGUUUGGGGUUUUUUGGCAGUGAACAAGAGUGUGUGCAGCUAGGGGGAGAAGUGGCUGCUGCAUACACGCCCAUCCUGUAUAAUAUAAAGGCAACUGCUGAUUGUUGGACUGACGAUGGCCAGCUGGCAGAUUUUACCACGUCGCCCGGCCCUGUUUCCUAAUGUUAGAUUUUUCUUUGGUGUUUUCUCUUUCUCUAAACUAUUUUACUCUCCUUCCAUUUUAUUCUUCUAUAACCCUGAUCCUCAUUUCUCUCCAUCAUCAUUUUGUCUUCAUUUCGUUGUAGGAAAUGAAUUGAUGUUUUACUUUCUAAACAUUACCAACGUAGCCUAAUAAUCAGUGUUUUUAAUGUUCUGACUAGUGUAUAACUGUAAGCGAUAGACUUUAUAUUAAUCUAUUUAUUUUGGUGGUGGUAUGUAUAGAUAUUCUUAAUGUUAUAUUGUUUCAGAGUUCCUACACCUGUAACUUUGGGCUAUAAAAGGCUUUAUGCCUGCCUGUGACAUAUGCUCAGUAGCCUAAGUGCUGGCAAAGUAAAUGUGGUCUGUGUUGGUGCUGUCUAUGGUUUUUACACAAUAAUCUUUGAGUACAACAAACUACAUCUUUGUUACAGAACUAAAUCGACUCUAGAGCACGUCCUAAUCUUGUAGUUUUGCUUUCUGCAAAAUGUUUAUGAAAACAUGCUCAAAAGCAGAGAUCUCGUUCUUUCGUUUUCAAUUCAUGUCCUGAUGUGAAAGCCAUUUUAAAGCCAGCGUGAGUCACCAGGUUCUUUUCCCAACACCUAGGCUGCUGACACAAGUCAAACAUGAAGCUCUUCAGAUGGAAAACUAGUAAAUUUCCACUCAGCAGACUGAUACACGGAAGGAACAAUAUGGAAAAGGGGAAGCAAUACAAUACAAUAUACUGAUCCUCAUUGGUAAAGACAAAAAAUAUAAGGUAUAUAUAAAUAUAUACAUAUAUAAAUAUAUAGAUAUAUUCAAUAAAGUUCUCUAUGAAAAAUGGUA